CGCUUGUCCCCGACCGCGACGGCGCGAUGCUCGCACGCGCAUUCAGCUCUCCUCACGCAUUGCGUACCUCCUCAAGACUCUCGCAAGGGUUACUGAGGCGGGAGACGUACCAUGUCCGACUGAACAUUCGCAGGGGACUGGCAACAUCACUAAACCCCGCAGAAACGGUACAGCUGCAGGGGAAAGAGUACCCGCGCGAUGACUGGACGAACGUCACGCCUUCCAUCACUUCCAAGAUCCCCCUUCGCCUUCACACCCGGCAGGGACAUCCACUCUCUACUCUGCGCGCGCUCAUAGAGGAGCACUACUCUGACUUCGCCCACCUCUCCUCCCUCUCCCCCCUCGUUUCCCCCUCCAAGAACUUCGAUGAGCUUGGCUUCCCCCCAGACCACCCCGGCCGCUCGAAGACGGACAGCUACUACGUGAACCGCGACCUCAUGCUCCGCACGCACACCUCCGCCCACGAAGUCGAGGUCUUCCGCGCCGGGCACGACCGCUGGCUGCUCACUGCGGACGUCUACCGUCGCGACGAGAUCGACGGCUCGCACUACCCCGUAUUCCACCAGGUCGAGGGCGCGCGCAUAUGGGAGGCCGGCGCGAACGGCAUGCGCGAGGUCGCGGAGGAUAAUGCGCGCCUGAGGGCAGCGCUGGCGGCGGAGAACAUCGUGAUCGAGGACGUGCCGCAUGUGUCGGGGACGAACCCCGCGCAGCCGGGGCAUGAUCCAGAGCACUCGGCUCUUGUAGCAGAGAAUUUGAAGCUGUCGCUGAACUCGAUGAUCCUCAAGCUCUUUGGGCACGCGGCAGGCGCGACAAAGGCUGAGCCCUUGCGCGUGCGAUGGAUCGAAGCGUACUUCCCCUUCACAUCUCCCAGCUUUGAGGUCGAAGUCUUCUUCCGCGGCAAGUGGCUGGAGAUCCUUGGGUCUGGCGUCGUGCAGCAGAAGACUCUGGACGUCGCAGGCGUCCCCAACAAGAUUGGCUGGGCCUUCGGCCUCGGGCUCGAGCGCAUCGCCAUGAUUCUCUUCUCUAUCCCCGACAUCCGUUUGUUCUGGUCCGAGGACCCGCGUUUCCUGCGCCAAUUCCAACAAGGCCAAUUCACGACGUUCCAGCCCUAUUCGAAGUACCCCGCCUGCACGAAGGACGUGAGCUUCUGGGUGCCCACAGGGGCGGACCUGCACGAGAACGACUUCUGCGACGUCGUACGGGAUGUGGCUGGCGAUAUGGUGGAGGAUGUGAAGAAGAUCGACGAGUUCGUACAUCCGAGGACGAACAGGAAAAGUCUUUGCUUCCGCGUGAACUACAGGUCGAUGGAUAGGUCGUUGUCGAACGAAGAGGCCCUAGUACUUCACAGCCAGGUCGUGAACCGUCUCAAGGACCAAUUCGCGGUCGAGAUCCGGUGACAAUAUCAUGUAGCAUUGCAAUGCACCGCUAUCAGCCACCACUCUAUACGAAAUGCCAACGACAUUGUAGCGUUUGUGCCCGGUCAGGUCCGACUGAGGGUCAGGCCGACGUCGAGCUAUGGACGAAGGGAGAUGAUCAAAGGUUUCCGAUCGGCUGGAUCGGCCACCCUCGACACCUGCAGGGUCGUGUAAGCGUAUGCUAUCUGAGUACACGCUCAUCGUUU